AUUUUACAUUAUAGAAGCUUUGCUGUGAGGCUUGGCGGCAUAUACGCGUCGGUCUGAAAUUUCUCAAUCAUUGCAAGUCAAUUGAAGCGAAAGGAUUUUUGCAGAAACAAUAAUUACAUUUUUCACAAGUCUGAAUCGUUCGUGAGGUGAAUUUCUUGUAUGCGGGGAUGAUGUUAAUAAAAGAUUGUUUUCCAUGUAGAAUCAAUCUACAAUGCCAGGUUGUUCAGCUAUAGGAUGCAACAACCGCAGUGAAAGAGGCUAUGUUAUGAAAUGUUUUCCUCGUGAACCAAAAUUAAGGCAACUCUGGAAAGAGCGUGUAAAUAGAGCUGAUUGGGAACCAUCCAACAAUUCCUUUCUCUGUCACAUGCACUUUGAACCUAACCAAUGGAUAAUAACGGAAAAUGGUAAAAUUAGAUUAAAAAAAGAUGCUGUUCCGUCUAUUUUUAAGAUAACCAAAUAUAAGAGAUCCCACAAAAAAGCUAUAAAAAUUGAUGAUGACUGCGAGUAUAAUUUUAUAAAAGAACAUUCAGAAAGUGAAGUUGGACAGUUGUCUCCAAAAUCUGGUAAUUUUGAAGAUAAAGACUCAGAUUCACAAGAUAUUGAUCCAUUACACUUGUUUUUGUAUCCUCGAGAAGAUCAAUCAUCAAAAAUGACAGAAGAUUUGCAAGAGUCUAACAGACAGUCUGUGGACACACCAAGCAAUCUUCAAGAUGUUAUUGUAAUUUCAGAUGAUGAAAUUAAGAUAGAAACAAAUAACAGCAUAGAAAAAUGUCAGACUGAGAAACAAGCUGAUAAUAAGAAAUCAGCUGAUAACCAGGAUGAAGUUGUUAAAUCAGAAAGCGAUCUGAAAAGUGAGCAAAUCACAAGUAAUGAUAGUUAUGACGAAAUAGAAGAGAAACUAAAGCAAAUUUGUGAUGGAGAUCGUGACGAGAAUGUUUCUAACAAUAAGGAACAAAAUACGAUUUCUAAUGACCAGAAAAAAGAUUUAGUGACAAAAGUAUCGUUUUAUGAAAAUGUAGAUAGUAAAUAUUCGUCGAACACUGGAAUCAAAGAUACACUUGCUAACGAUACGGAGAAUGUAGCGACAAUUUUUGGUAGUGAAAGCGGAGAGGAAUGUGGACGUGUUUCUAAUGGUACAUCUCAUAGUAACAACACAAUCAAUGAAAUUGAUACAUCAGAUAAUAUUAAUAAUAAAGAUGAGAAACUUGAAGAUCUUGAGAAAUCGCCACAUGAUGAUAAUUCGCAUGUCAAGGCACACGAAAAGAUUGCUACGAAACGUAAAAUGAGCGUAGAAAUUGUAACACCUGCAAAAAAAUUGAAUCAGUCCGUUUCCUCCCAAGAUGCAAAUUCUACGAGCAAUAACAACAUUUCAGAUAACAUUGCCAAAGCAAAUAACGAGAUGGAAGUGGAACUGAAUACCUCGUUAUACAUGGAAUCGAAGAAGGAGAAUUCUAUGAUGCUGCAGUUGUCGUCUACGCCAAAGUUCACGAUAAAGGUAACUGGUGACCGUGACAGUGUAAGUGAUAUAAUGCAAGAUGUAUUUAAAGAUAAGAACAAUAUUACCAUCCAGGAACACACAGAUGCACAUCAAGGAAACAGUAACGCACUCGUUACAUCUGUUAUAAUGAUGGACGACGAACUGACAGAAGCGAAUGUGAGAGCUGAACACAACUACGAAGGUUUGCGCAUCGCAUCAACGGGCAAUGAUCAGAUGCCGUCUUUAAAAGAUGACAGAUAUCCGAGAUCGACGUCUCCGCACUUUGACGAGGAGACGAACGAUAUAGACAUGAGUAGCGAGUGUUUAACGCCGGACAUCAACCGUAUACUCGAACAGCCGAUGGUCGAUCAUACUAUCAAAUACGAAUAUCGAAGAUUACAACAAAAAGUGAAGAUACAAGAGGAUGUUAUCAAAGAGCUGACCACUCAGCUUAUCAAGUACAAGGACACAGAAAAGGAUCUGCGAAAUAAGAAGUACUUGCUGGACGUGAAGUUGAAGAAGCUGAGGAAUAUGAUAUCUGCGUAUGACGGAGGCACGGACAGCGCGUCAUCCGUAACGAGCGACAAGAAAACUGUGAGUUUGCAGAAAAAGGUUUUUGAGGAUUUAUCGUUCACGGCAACUUACGUUGAAGAGGCAAAUAAACGAUUACGAGAACGCCUAAAUGUAGAAACUGAAAAGAAAAAACAGCUGGAGAGUCAAGUCAAACAGAAAGACACCAAAAUGAAAGAACUCAAUUGGAAAUUAGAGAAAGCUUCGAAGUAUCUCGAACGAGCUGAGAAAAACACACACAAGUACAAAAGGAAGAUGCUGAAUAUGCAGAGUUUCUUGAAAAGGAAAAAGUUGGCGGAUCAAGAGAUAAGCAAAUUAGGUAUAGUGAUGCUGGACAAUAGAAAGGGGCACCGUUCCAAAGAAAGUUUGGAAAUAUUGAUGGAAUUUAAAAAGAUUUGCGGUGAAAAGGGAUACGAACUGUUACGGAUCCAUGGGUUUCCAUUUCCAGAGUUAUCGGCUUUGAAAAUCUCUUCAAAAGAUUCUUUAAAGUCCAACGAAAGCGGUAAGAAGAUUCCUCAAGAAAUAUCGUUGGAUAUCAAGAAUGACAAUGUGCGACAUGUAACAAACAACAAACUACAAUCCGACGUAAAUGUUGAUUUAAUUCAAAAGACGGAUCACAAAGAAGUCAAGUUCAGUCCAGAAAUAAUAAUGGGCACGGUUCAGGAUAUUUUUGAAGAAAAUAACGAUAUAGAUGAUUUCAGUACAGAUGAAAUAAAAGAAGAAUUUAUUUUACAAUUGGACUCAAAUGUAAUUGCUGAUUAGUGGUGUACAUAUCUCUAAGAAUAUAAUAUCUUAUCUUUUUUCGAAGUAUCCAUUGAAAUAUGACGAAAUAUAUACUGCACUCAAUUUAU